ACAUAUUUAGCCACUGACACAAGUGAGCUCUCUCCCUUUGAGCUGAUUUUUUUUCCCUUCGAUUUUUCUACAACCACCCAAACGCUACUUUUCUUCUCAUCACGGGUUGGUAGUCGAUUCGGAAACAAGAUGGUCCCGCCGCGAAAACACCACCGCUUUCCCUCAGGGCAGACAUGCUCGGAGUGCCCCGCGAAAAAGUGGUAUCUGGAUAACGGGAUGAGGUUUUGCCAGAAUGGGCAUCGGGUUGAGGGUUAUGUACAAUUCGACGUUGAUCAAGAAGGCGACGGGUUCGGGUCCAUGGGCAAGACGCUGACAGUGAAGAAGGAGAAGAGGGAGAAGCCGAAGCAGCAGUUGAGUGGGAAUGAGGGGAGGAAGUUGUAUUUGGAGUGCUUGCAGCUUAUUUUGAGGAAGCAGUUGAGGUGGUUGAUUAAAGAGAAGAGGUUGAAUGGGGAGUUGGAGGGGGUGGUGAGGGAUUUGUGGUUGCUGAGAGUUGGGGGGUUUAAGGGGAUUGAGAAAAAGAAGGACGAGGCUGGGGAGGGGGGGGCUGGGGAGAGGAGGAAGAAACGGAGGAGGGGGGUUAGUGUGGAUGAGGGGGAGGAGGAAGAGGGGGGGUUGAUCAUGUUUAGUAGCCAGACGGAGGGGGAGGGGGAAAAGGGAAAUAAGAGGAGGGAUUGGGGGAGUGAGUUGUGGGAUUUGCCAGGGGUGAUGGAUACGUUGGGGUUGGUUUAUUUGGGGUGUGUGAUGAGGGGGGAGCCGGUGAGGGUGGGGGAUGUUUGGAGGUGGGCGAGGAAUGGGUGGAUGCCGUUUUUGUCGGCGAUUGAUUACAUACCCAAGGAGUGGAAGGACCGGCUGCCGAUUUGGGCUCAUCAGAGCUUGUUGACGAGAUAUGUCAAAUUCAAGGGAGGAGAGCUUCAUAAGAGAGUUAUGGGGUUGCUGAUAGGGUAUAAGCAGAAUCAUGGGUUGAUUUUUCCGGCUGUGGCGGCGCCGCCGUUGCUGUUUUUGAGUAUCCAAGAUUUGGCUCUUCCGGCGGACGUUCACCCAUACGCACAAAAUAUCUGCGAAUUACUCCAGCUACGUUACUCUUUCCCGACCAGAGAGACAAACCACGAGCGACAUACUCUUCUCGACAUCCCAGACGUCCUAUUAACGGCAGCUUUAGUCGUGGCAACGAAAUACCUCUACCCCCUCGAUUCCAUCGACCGACACCCGCGCGAUCACAACGACGUCUUAUCCAUGAAGAUGAACUGGAAUGUCUGGGAACAGGAAUUCGCCAAUCACGAAGACAAGAAGCCACCGAUGUUGGAAUUCGAGGGCAUGAACCCCCAGAAAAUCUGGACCAUGGACAAGAAGGAUAUCACCGAACUACUGAACUGGUUUCAAGACACGCAAAUUGAGAAGAACCCUGCCAAUGAAACGGAAAUCGACCGUCUAUUUCCUCUCGAAAGGAUUCCGCCUGUGCCUAGAGUGCAAGGGCCGACAGAGGACGAGAUUGAGGCGCGCUUACAAAGGGUCGGGAAGGCCAUGCAGUUGAUCAAACCACAGCUGGACGCGAGGACAAGAACUGGUGGUGGUGGUGUGAUCAAGACGAAAAGGGUCGGUUCUGAUUAUCGAGAGUAUAGGUUUGUGGAGGAGCUUGAGGGACACGCAAAGAGGUUCUACGAGGUUGUUGCGGACAUUUCCGGCAUGGAUUUGGAGGAGCUGGUAAGGGCUGUGUACAGUCUGGACCAGUUGCUGUAUAACUGGCAAAGAAUGGAGAAGAAGCAGAUCAAGCAUGAAUCGGGAAUCGUGCAGAUCUUCGUGAAGACCCUCACGGGUAAGACCAUCACCCUCGAGGUCGAGUCCUCGGACACCAUCGACAAUGUCAAGGCCAAGAUCCAGGACAAGGAGGGCAUCCCCCCUGACCAGCAGCGCCUGAUCUUUGCUGGCAAGCAGCUCGAGGAUGGCCGCACCCUCUCCGACUACAACAUCCAGAAGGAGUCUACCCUCCACUUGGUCCUCCGCCUCCGCGGUGGUAUUAUUGAGCCCUCGCUCAAGGCCCUUGCCUCCAAGUUCAACUGCGACAAGAUGAUUUGCCGCAAGUGCUAUGCCCGCCUUCCUCCCCGUGCCACCAACUGCAGAAAGCGCAAGUGCGGACACACCAACCAGCUCCGCCCCAAGAAGAAGCUCAAAUAA